GAAUGGUUCUCUUCGGUCAAAGAACGAUUGCAACGGAAUUACCACACGGCACCCUUGUUUGACACGCCACGAUGGGUUCGAAACUUGGAAACGGGGCUCUUGGAGAUUGUUGCACUACGCACUGAGGGUGGUAGUAGCUAUAGUGACAUUGAAAUCAUGGACAAUGCCGGCAGAUAUUAA